CACGCUGCACGGCAUCCAGCCCAAUUACCAUUUAGGGGACGCAUAGAACACCCACCGUCAUGGAGGAACCGGCACUGGCUUCUCUCUCUUUAACUCAUGUCAGCUAUAACCCCGCCGACUGGUACUCGUACAUGUGCGCAUGGCUCGCACUCACCCCUCAAGCACUAUGCGUGGCAUAUGCCAUUUUAAUCUGGUCUACACGCGAAGUCGAAGUAAUUAGCAUGUUCAUCGGACAAAUGGCCUGCGAAGGUCUGAACUGGGGCCUAAAGAGAUGGAUCAAGGAAGAGCGACCACAGCAAAUGAAUGGCAAAGGCUAUGGCAUGCCAUCGUCGCACGCCCAAUUCGUGGCAUUCUUUUCCGUCUCCCUAUCGCUAUUCCUCAUGGCCCGGCAUACCCCCCACCCAACUCGCACACAUACACCGACAUCCCUAUUCGAGCGCGGGAUGCUGUCGUUGACGUCCAUUAUGUGUGCUCUAGCUGUAGCAUAUAGCCGGGUGUAUCUCAAUUACCAUACUGAAAAGCAGGUUUUGGUUGGAUGUGGAGCCGGCACCGCUUUCGCCCUGGUAUGGUUCGCCAUGACCUCGUUCGUGCGAUCGGAAGGAUACAUUUGGCGGAUGCUGAACCAUCCAGCGGCUGAGGCACUCAGGAUCAGAGAUCUAGUCAUUGAAGAAGACCUUCCAGACUCUGGGUGGGCGCGUUGGGUAGAGCUCAAGAAGAAGCGGAAUGGUUUGAGUGGAAAGAAAUCAAAAUAAAUGUGAUAAUCACAGAAUAUAUCAACAGUGCACUGUGGGUAUCUGGGGCAUGAUACACCUGAUGCCAGUAUUUAUCACAAAGACACGAAUAGUUGAAUCUGAUUGGAAAUUAUUGAAUUCAGGGAGCCUCUUGGUCUAGCCCGGCUCCUUCUGCAGCCUCCGUCCAAGUAGUGAUCUUCUCGGACUUGAGCAGGGGUCAAAAUUGCACCCCUUACUUGAUCUGCACCAGCUUUAUCCUCAGGAGGCACAGGCAGUAGAGGAUCCGUGGAAAAGACGAUAAGCAGUUUAUCAACAACACCCCGCACGCUGUCC